GGAGGGAGGGAGGGAGGAAGAAGAAGGCGGUGAUGCGGGAGGAAGAGGAAGAGGAGGCGGGCGGCGCGGACGCCUGGCUGCUGGACUCCUUGCGGCUGUACAACGAUCUCCACGUGUAUGAGCUUCACGAGCCCACCCGUGUCAUCGCAUGGACGGGAGAAAAACGGGUCUGCGUAGCAGGAUAUGACGACCGAAGGCGGAAUGAGAUCCUCCGGCUCCUUUUGCCCCCCAGGCUGUUUGCAAAGGAGAAUCAGGGAUUGUGUCCGGAAAGGGAUUUUAAGUUGGAGCUUGGUGGCUUUGCGGACCGCCCAGUGUACAGCCUGAAGCACGUCCCGGAGACCAGCUUGCUGGUGACGAGUGGCCCUCCGGACAGUUCUGUGCAGGUUUGGUGCAUGGAGCAGGAUGAGACAGAUGUCAUUAAGCCCCUGGGAACCAUCCCCACUGGAAAAGGAGAUGAGCCAGCCUGGGCCAAAAUUGCCACAGCUUCCUCCACGUCUGCCUGGGUACUGCACGGGCUGAAGACCAGCGAUGUCCAGGUGACCGAGAUCGAAUCCAGGAAGAUUGUCUUCAGGGCAGCCUCCGCAAACCAGGAUGAACUCGCCACUCUGGAGUUCUUGGACCAAACCACAGUGCUGGCCUGCAGCGCCAAGGGGCAGCUGUUCCUCGCCGAUAUCAGGCAGCCUCAGGGUCUCCUGGGAGCUGUAGAGGAUGCAUCCAUCGCUUCGGCCCUGGGCGGGGGGAGAUGGUGUGCGGGAGUCAGGCACAACCCACUGGGGUCUGUUGGGGACCAUCCCCGGAUAGCUCGGCUUUCAGCAGGAGGCUGCAUUGUGCUCACGGACCCCCGAAAUAUGACAAGCCCCCUGAAAGCGGCCACAGGGUGCAGGCCUGCCUCUAACCUCCCAGGCUCGGAGUUCCUGUGCAUCUCCUUCGCUCCUCAGCUGGAAGAGUGCCUGGCUGUAUCGGGUUUUGAUGGGACUGUCUGCAUCUAUGAUACCCAGAGCUGGGGUCCAGCCCCCCAGGAACGCGAGCCACUCUUUGUUCACCGAGGGCACAUUUUCAGCGGUGCAGAAGGAGCCGACGGCCCCGCCUUGGUGACCGCCCACACUUGGCACCCCUCCAAGCCACGGACCCUGUUAUCGGCAGCCACUGAUGGGUCACUGCAUGUGUGGGACUGGGCUGAUCCUUCUGGGGCCAGCUAGACUUACCUUCUCCCAGCACCUGGGAAUGUUUCCGUCUUUUCCAGCGACCUGUUCACAAGAACCUACCUGGGACUUCCUAGCAGGAAGAGUGUGCAUAGAACUAAGGAGCCCGUUUGCCCCACUCCCUGAAUUUAAUGCAGAUUUUGCAAGCGCGUAAAGAUGUUUGUGUGUGUUUGUGCGUGGAGGGUCCCAUCUAAUGAUCCCAAACAGGGCCUAUGCAAGACUUUGCCAAGGAGAAGAAGGCCUCUGCGGACGUCAGAACCAGGGAGAAGCCCAGUCAGGGAUCACGUUUGCUCCACCAUUUCCUGCAUUUCGAGUCCCAGGGAAAGGGGUAAAAAGGCUCUGUAAAAGCCGUAAUUCUCCUUGUGGAAAGACAGAGGUGGAAAACAGAGUUAUUUUUAUUCGAGCCCUAAAUUUGCAGAUGUAGGAGACUCCACCAAGGUCCAAACUAAAACCUGGGAACCAAAAAUAUGGUUUUAAUAAAAAUUAAAUUCAGUUUUAAGUAGAGAAAAAAUGCAUAUCCCCCAAGUGUUUCAGUAAUCUUUGGAGUAUAUUUUGCAUCUACACACACUGGGAAUUUGUACUCUGUAUUUCUAAUUACAAAAGAAAAAAUCAAUUCCAUUGUACAGGCCUGGGAAUGGUGGAGAAAGCAUUAACAUCUGGUUUUCCUGGCUUUCAUUUGGCCUCUUGUAAUAACUCAUGACACAUUAAAAGCUUUCUGAA